AUGGAGAGCACGCGCCUGCUCGGGAGGCCCUGCGACGCGCCGUCGCAGUUCAAGCAGCUGCUCGAGGACGCCGGCUUCGAGGGCGUCGUGGAGAUCAAGCGGGUGUGGCCGAUCGGCCAGUGGGCGGCGGGCCGGCGGCACUUCAUGACGGGGUCUCUGUGCCACGACACGUCCAUCGCCGGCCUGGAGCCCUCGACGCUGCGCCUGUUCACCUCCGUCUUUGGUUGGAGCGUGGAAGAGACCAAGGAUUUUUGCCGCGAAGUCGAGGCCGAGAUCCGGAGUCAGCGGUACCACGCCUACUUCAAUGUAUAUUGUGUCUAUGGAAAGAAGCCUUACUGGGCUUGA